AUGACUAUCGGGGAAAACAUAGCCUACGGUGACAACUCUAGAAAUGUUCCACUAAGUGAAAUACAAGAAGCAGCCAAGCAAGCAAAUAUUCACUUACGAAUAUUAUCUCUACCUCAGGGUUAUGAUACAAAGUGUGGCAAUGCCGGUCAUACGCAACUAAGUGGAGGAGAAAAACAACGAAUUGCAAUUGCUCGUGCGCUCGUCCGAAACCCGAGAAUAUUAUUACUUGAUGAAGCCACGAGUGCUUUGGACAACAAAGCCGAAUUGAUUGUUCAAGAAGCAUUAGAUGCAGCAAGAUCUGGUCGUACAUGUGUAACUAUAGCACAUCGUCUAACAACAAUUCAGAAUAGUGACAAAAUUGCUGUUGUUGAACGUGGAAGAUUGAAGGAAGAAGGACGUCAUGAUGAACUAUUGAAGCGACAUGGGCAUUAUUAUAGAUUGCACAGAGCUGCUCAUAGUAAAAAUUAA